AUGCAAAACCUUCAAGGGACUGCUGGAAACGUAACAUCGUCCAAGCAUAAUAUUGAAGCUUUGAAGAGCAUCCUUACUCGCCACCACGUGCCCUUCAAGCACAAGGCAAACGCAAAAGGGAAGAUCGGAAGAGAUGUCCUCGUUCCACUUUACAACGAGCUCAAAGAGCGUGUCGAAUCCGCCGAUAAAACUGAAGUUUCUGGACCAUCCAAUGGCCAAGCACGCGACACUCAAACCCCAGUGCAUUCCAAGGAUUCAGACCUUUCUUUACCACAAUCAGCCGCCAACAUCCUGCCUCGUAACGGCAAGUCCCCAAGCGUUGUCGGCACGACAUCUUUAUCGGCUACGGUUUCUGAUCCUUCCAAAGGUAAAGGUAAAGCACGUGACAGCCAGGCUCCAGCCCUUCCUUCACCAGCCGCCGACAUCCAUCCGCCUGGCAACGGCAAGGCUCCAAGCGGUGUUGGCACGGCAUCUUUGCCAGUUGUGCUUUCUGAUCCUUCCAAAGUCCAAGCACCCAAAAACCAGGCUCCAGAGGAAUCCAACGAUCCAAUCCUCUCCUUACCACGAUCGGCCGCAGACAUCCUGCCUGGUCACGGCAAGUCCCCAAGUGUUGUUGGCACAACAUCUAUACCGGCUGCGGUUUCUGAUCCUUCGAAAGGUAAAGGUAAAGCACGAGACAACCAGGCUCCAGACCUUUCUUCAUCAGCCGCCAACAUCCAUCCGCCUGGCAACGGAAAGGCCCCAAGCGUUGUUGGCACGGCAUCUUUACUUUCUGAUCUUUCCGAAGAUAAUGCACGCGAAAACCAGGCUCCAACGCAAUCCAAGGAUCCAAUCAUCUCCUUACCACGAUUGGCCGCAGACAUCCAAGCUUCAGUGCAGUCGGGAUCAUCACUACAACACACACCCUCCGGAGAAGUAGAAACCGAGAACCGUAUCCGGAAGGCGCCUGAUCAAGUUGGAGUCGGAGAAGCUGAAAAAACGAAGCAGGAUGGCUCGAGAAUACGCAAGGCAGAUCUGAUUGAUUUAGAUGGAAACACCUCUGACUUGGAUGAGAUGGAUUUUGCUCGAAAACGACCUCGCGUUGCUCCGGUGAAGCUGCCACCGGUAUGCGCCCGACCGCAUUGGAUAGUGGAAAGGCACCUCAACAAGGAUAAAACCUACCAUGAGAUGAUGCGCAAGGGUCAACAAUCUAACGCAUCAGGGCUGCCGACCUCGCCAACACAAGAAUCGAUGCGCGGCAGCCCACAGCUUGCUGACACGCUGGGCGAAGUGGCCGACUUUCCAGCUCCAGUUCAGCCUGCAAAGCCACCAGAGCCGAUGAUACUGACGGAUAUGGCUGGCAGUAACUCCCCGCGAGCCAACGAUUGGGAGGACUUGAUUGAUUGGGAUGGUCCCAACUUGGAAUUAUUAGCGCCUCAGCCCACUCACCAAGCGAUUUUGGCUGACCCACCAGCGCCGGCAACCCUGCCAGCGCAUAAUUUGUCGGACUUGAUUGAUUGGGAUGGUCCCGACUUGGAAUCAUUAGCGCCUCAACCCACUCAACAAGCGAUUUUGGCUGACCCACCAGCGCCGGCAACCCUGCCAGCGCAGAAUUUUUCGGACUUGAUUGGUUGGGAUGGAACCAACUCGGAAUCCAUCCCAAACCCCAAUCACCCACCGAUUCCAGUCAACAGGAGAAAAGCAUGCAUGAUUGAUUUGGAUGGAGACGACUUGGAAUCGGAUGAGAUGGAUUUUACUCAAAAGCGACCUCGCAUUGCUCCAGUGAAACUACCACCGGUAUGCGCCCGACCGCACUGGAUAGUCCAAAGGCAACUCGAGAACGAAAAGGUUCCUCAGAGUCCACAAUCACAGCAUGUGGAGGUUCCAGCUCAGCCGGCAACCCUGCCUGUGCAGGAUUUGACCCAGGAUUCCUCACGCGGAAACAAAGAUCCAAUUCUUGAACCCGACAACAGAUCAGCUUCAGUCAAUCCCCGAGAGGAACCACCUUUGUUGCAAGCCCCAUCAACAGGCUGUGGCCCAAAGAUGACCAACAACCUAGGUCCGUUGAUUGAGUAUGGUUCUGAUGAACAGAUCCCCGCCCCGCUUACGGCACCAAAAAACAAAGGCCUUCCGCAACAGCCAGACCAUUGUUCCGAGAUUCAGCUGUCUGACCUUUCAGCUGGUCCCAGACAUUGCCCAGAUCGUUCAGUCAAGGAGAUCCUGAGCCUGUGUGCUGAGGUUCAUCCGUCGGAAAGCCUUUCGGCUGGUCCCAGCCAUCACCCAACUCGUCCUCCUUCUCCAAUGCCAUCACCCUCUCCAUCACUGGGUUCCGAACCACAAAUUCAGACGGGUUCUGCGGAGCCCGCCCCAGUUCCACCCGUUGAUUGCAAUAAUCAGUCCUCCGAUGAGGGUGGCAGUGGUGCUGCACCGUGUUUAGGCAAGAGAAUACAUCACGAUUUGGAAGAUGAUGAUCCUACAGAUUUCCGAGCAAAGCGCAGGAGAAACACUACGGCUAGGAGUCCUCUCCCUUUGCCGUCAAAGGAUCGCCCGAGACCUCGAAAGCGCAUUAUCAUCACCGCUUCAGACGAAGAAGAAGAGAUCCCCAAAUUCUGCCCCGAAGUAGAAUCUCAAGGAGGCACCGGGAGAGACCUCCUGGACGAUCAAGCGGCCCCAGAACCUCCCUCAGAAGUCGGCGGUAGACCCCCACCUGACACAUCCAGCACACCGGCCAUCAAUCCUCGAUGGCGCAAAAAUCCCGACAAGAUGACGAUGGUUCAGAUCAAGGCUGAUCUUGAUGAGUAUAAAGUCAAAUACCUCAAACGAGAGCGCAAACCUCAACUGACCAAGCGCUGGAAAGACUUGGCCUUUGUGCAAUCUGAGCUGGAGCGUUGGCGAGGCGCAGACCCUCACCCAAAAAAUCAAGUGCCUCCAUCCGGUAACACAACGCAAAAUCACACGCCGGGAAAUCAAGAUGUGGCAUUAAAUACGGAUUUGUCCGCGGCAGGUCCACAGGUGGAUCAGGUAGAUGACUUAAUCCGAUUGUCUCCCGAGCCGCAAGCCCCUGUAAACAAUGGAAAUUCUAUUGCUGCCACUGUGGACUCAUUCAGAACACCUGCAAGACCAGUAGCAGAAACUUCAGGCUCCCGGGCGGCAGGUCAAUGGAAUGAAGGUGUUUUUGAUGCUAUGCAUGCUAUGGAUGAAGACACACCUGAUACUGGAAACCCGUCUAUGACACUCGAGAUGAUCCAUGCCUUGAACUCAUUUACCCACUCAUCAAGAGAAUGGGCAAGUUCCAUCGCGCGGAGCAUGGAAACCAUAGCGGGUGGUGUAUCCGCAAUCCAAUCAGCCGUUGGAGCUGCGCCUCUGUCUUCCGCAUCAAGACACCCUUCAACUUCCCGAAGAAGAAGACGCCAGUCCCGGCCAGCAGACAUGUCUGACAACGAAUCGACCACUGGCAAAGGGUCAAACAUAUUUUUACCAACGAGAGACAUGAUGGCUGAAAUCAGGGUGCACUGUGCUUGUUUAUUCGGAAAAUCUGCACAAGAAGGCACUUUUCCGCCUCCCGCCACUGAGGAGGAGCGCCGACGAUGGAUUGUCACGACCAUGGAUGAUUCCUAUUCCGAUUCUGAUUCCGGAGACAGCCAACCAGACGAUCCAAUGGACGUUGACGUUGCCGAGGACUUGGACACAAACACGGACCCAGUUUUUCCAUUUCCAGAUGGACCUGGACACAAACAUGUCUCGCCUCAAGGUGUACGUAUCAUCUGGAACAUGAUGAGACGUGCAGGUGUUAAGUCUUUCAGGCCAGACUUGAGUGAAGCAUUUACCUCGCCAAUGAAUACGUUUCUAUGGAACCUUGCUGUGAAGACUUUCAUUAAACUACAAUCAUGUGAACGGCCACCUUAUGAAAACAUACCGAGAGACAAAACUUGUGGCAGAAGAGAAAGCUCAUCGCGAGCAACGCCGACGAAGUACAACUCGUUGACACACGCUCCGGGACUGGCGCGUCGCCCUGAUCCUAGAAAGACCAAUUUUAGCCCCAAUCCUGCCGGUAAUCGACGCCUGCUGUAG